CUAAAAUUCACCACCAAAAGGACUCUCUUUCUUCUAAGCUUCCCUAAUCCUUCCCCAUUUUCUCAUUUUUCCUUUUUUUUUUUUUCUUAUUUGUUUAGGGCUGUCUUUGUUUCUUAUGAAAGACAUAUUUAAACUCACAUCUUUUCAGAGAAUCCAAUGACUUGGUCCUUUACUCACUUGUCUUUGAACCUUCUUCGUUCCACUUCAUUCUUCUCUAUCCAAUAUAUAGGAGAAAAGCGAUUAAUGGUGUCAGUUUUCCUCUUCAUUUAGUCUCCAUCCAUAAUCCAUAGAAAACAGAUCUCCAUCGGUUUGACAAAAUGUCUCAGUUGAUUUUUCUUUGUUUGUGAAAGAAGGUAGGAAGAGUCCUAGAAGAAAAUUGAAGGUUUUUUUUUGUUUUUUGGAGAAAUGAUGUCUAAUGUUAAUGUUUCAAGCCCUCAAAAGGACAUGCAGAUCUCGAAAAAUUGUGGAGGUGGUAGAGGAAAUGGCAGCCAUGUUUCAGGUUCAGCAGCUCAACUGUCUCCAACAGGACCUACCUCUCCGAGCAUGGAGGAGAACUACCGGCAGUACAAGAGAACAGUGGUGAGGUACAAGGAUUGUAUGAAGAACCAUGCAGCUGCCAUUGGAGGAAAUGCCAUAGAUGGGUGUGGAGAGUUUAUGCCAAGUGGAGAGGAAGGCACCAUUGAAGCCCUCAAGUGCUCUGCCUGCGGCUGCCACCGGAACUUCCACAGGAAAGAGAUAGAAUGUGACUGCCCCUUUGAAUGCUACCACUCUCCAGUGCUAAACAAUGGUGGAAGGAAACUCAUUUUGGGGCCUCACAAUUACAUUUCAGCAGGGAACUUGAUUGCUUCAAGGGUAGACCCUCCCCACCAGGUGAUAGUGUCCUACAAAGGAGGGUCUAAUGCUCCCUCUGAAUCUGAUGAGAAAGAUGAUGGAGGAGGUGGGGUUGUGGUGGCGAGGUCAGUUGAGAAGGUGAGGAAAAGGUUCAGGACCAAGUUCACACAAGAACAGAAGGAGAAAAUGCUCGACUUUGCAGAGAGGGCAGGGUGGAGAAUUCAGAAGCUGGAAGACUCUGUUGUGCAGCAGUUUUGCCAAGAACUUGGGAUCAAGAGGAGAGUGCUUAAGGUGUGGAUGCACAAUAAUAAACACAGCUUGGCCAAGAAAAUAGAACCAACCACUUGAAGUACUCUCUAUGCCUUCAACUAGAUUUCAAUGUUCUUCUUAUUUUAGGCUAAAUUAUUUUUUUCCAACUAAUUAGGAUUUUCCUUCUAGUUCCUGUGUUUGCAGUUUUCUUAAUUUUUAGUACAACGCUAGUCUAGUUUUGAGUGUUAAAUAAAUGUCAGUGUUUUGGGUAUAUGUGAUAGCAAGAAUUAUAUAUGUACUGUGGAACAGAAAUGUUUUCUUUUUAACUAUGUUUAGAUGUUUAAAUAAUGAGGAUGUUCUAUA